UUCAACCCCGGCUGUCAGUGCUGUGUGAGUGCGUGUGUGCUCUGAGCUCGCUCAUCACACAUUCUAUAAAAAAAAAAUAAAAAUACAAAAAAAAUAUUCAAAACGUAAAAAAAAGAUACAAAAAAUCUUUCCUUUUUGUUUUUACCCCCCCACCGUUUUUUUUCUUUUUUUUGUAACAAAUCAGUGAAGAGGGAGUAAAGACCAGUCGAGGACUGACGGUAACGUACUCAAACGUGUCGUAUUCUUUUCUUCUUCUCUCGUUAGCUCGUUUAUCCUUCGGUUUUUAACGGCUGUUUUAACUCAAACUGAAGCUGCGUCGUUUUAAAUUAAAAAAAAAAAAAAAAAACAGUCGAACUGAGACAUUUUUGGGCUCCAGUAACUGACGAGUCAACGGCUGCACAGCGCGUUAACGGCGCCGCAUCCAAGCUCCCACCGACGACACCGACCGUUAGCAAACCGGGCAUUGGCAACUUUUAUUUUUUUUUUUAUUCUUCCUCUCUCCCCCAUUUUUUGUUGUUGUUGUUGUCUUUUCCGUUAACAAACUCAGGCGUAGUCCGUUUAUAUUAACCGCUAGUCCCCCGAGGAGGAUAGGAGUUAAAACAAACAAAAAAAAAGAAAAAUUGAGAGGAGAGGAAACGGAAGAUGAACCCCAGCGCUCCCAGUUACCCCAUGGCCUCCCUGUAUGUCGGGGACCUGCAUCCAGAUGUGACCGAGGCCAUGCUGUAUGAGAAAUUCAGCCCAGCCGGAGCCAUCCUCUCGAUCCGGGUCUGUAGGGACAUGAUGACCCGGCGUUCCCUCGGAUACGCCUAUGUCAACUUCCAACAGCCAGCGGACGCUGAGCGCGCACUGGACACCAUGAACUUCGACGUGAUCAAAGGGCGACCCGUACGCAUCAUGUGGUCGCAGCGUGAUCCGUCCCUGAGGAAAAGCGGCGUGGGAAACAUCUUCAUCAAGAAUCUUGACAAGUCUAUCGACAACAAGGCUCUUUAUGACACCUUCUCCGCUUUCGGGAACAUCCUGUCCUGCAAGGUGGUUUGUGACGAGAACGGCUCCAAAGGCUACGGCUUUGUGCAUUUCGAGACCCAGGAAGCUGCCGAGCGAGCCAUUGAGAAAAUGAACGGCAUGCUGCUCAAUGACAGAAAAGUGUUCGUUGGCCGCUUCAAGUCACGUAAGGAGCGCGAGGCUGAGCUGGGCGCCCGGGCCAAAGAGUUCACCAACGUGUACAUCAAAAACUUUGGCGACGACAUGGAUGAUGAGAAGCUGAGGGAGCUCUUCAGUAAAUACGGGAGUGCGCUGAGUACCCGGGUGAUGACGGAUGAGGGCGGGAAGUCCAGAGGCUUCGGCUUCGUCAGCUUUGAAAGACACGAAGACGCGCAGAAGGCGGUGGACGAAAUGAACGGAAAGGACCUGAACGGGAAGCCCAUCUACGUCGGCCGCGCUCAGAAGAAGGUGGAGCGGCAGACAGAGCUGAAGCGCAAAUUUGAGCAAAUGAAGCAAGACCGCAUGACUCGGUACCAGGGGGUCAACUUGUACGUGAAGAACCUUGAUGACGGGAUUGAUGAUGAACGCCUGCGGAAGGAGUUCUCCCCGUUUGGCACCAUAACCAGCGCCAAGGUCAUGAUGGAAGGCGGCCGCAGCAAAGGCUUCGGAUUCGUCUGCUUCUCCUCCCCAGAAGAGGCGACGAAAGCCGUGACGGAGAUGAACGGCCGCAUCGUGGCCACCAAGCCGCUGUACGUGGCGCUGGCUCAGAGGAAGGAGGAGCGCCAGGCCCACCUGACCAACCAGUACAUGCAGCGCAUGGCCAGCGUGCGAGCCGUGCCCAACCCCGUCAUCAACCCCUACCAGCCGGCCCCGCCCUCCGGCUACUUCAUGGCCGCCAUACCUCAGGCCCAGAACCGCGCCGCUUACUACCCGGCCGCCGGCCAGAUGGCCCAGCUCCGGCCGAGCCCGCGCUGGACCGCCCAGGGCGUCCGCCCCCAACACUUUCAGAACAUGACGGGCGCCAUGCGUGCGUCGGCGCCGCGCCCUCAGAGCUUCGGCGGCAUGCGGCCCGCGGCUCAGGUCCCCCGCAUGAUGUCCACCCAGCGCGUCGCCCCUCAGACCAUGGCUCCCCGGCCGCCCGCCGCGCCCACAGCUGCAACCGCCCCGGUGCGCGGAGUGACUCAGUACAAGUACGCGCCCGGAGUCCGAAACCCUCAACAGCACAUCACCUCCCAGCCACAAGUCGCCCUGCAGCAGCCCGCCGUCCAUGUUCAGGGACAGGAGCCUCUGACCGCCUCCAUGCUGGCUGCUGCUCCACCGCAGGAGCAGAAGCAGAUGCUGGGUGAGCGUCUGUUUCCACUGAUCCAGAACAUGCAUCCCAGCCUGGCGGGCAAGAUUACCGGCAUGCUGCUGGAGAUCGACAACUCGGAGCUGCUCCACAUGCUGGAGUCCCCCGAGUCGCUGCGCUCCAAGGUGGAUGAGGCCGUGGCUGUGCUGCAGGCGCACCAGGCCAAGGAGGCCGCUCAGAAGACUGUGACAAACCCGGCUACCGUCCCAAGUGUCUGAACCCAAGGAGAGGGCAACCCUGCUACGAGCUUCACAGACAGAAAAAAAAAAAGGCUUAAAAAAUGUAAAAAAUCAAAAAAUAAAGAAAACAAAGUAAAAAGACGUUAAAUACAAAGUUAAAAACAGAAAACGACGGAAACAAAAGUCUCCAGCCAGUCCUGUGACGAACACAAGGCCUGCGUUGCUGAGCUUGAAAAAAAAAAGAAUAAAAAAAUACCAGUUUGAGGCGUUUUAGAGGAGAAAUUUAUGAAAAAUAUAAGUGAAAGCGUUCCUUUCUGCCGUUUUAUCCGUUUUAAAUGUUAUGAAUGUUUGAGCUCCCGAGGCCUGCUGUUGUGAAAUUUUCCCUUUAUCUUUGCUUGCUUGAAUUAAAGUUCUAAACUAA